UUUCGGCUGCAGUUGUCGAAAGAUGUUUGACGUUAGCAGAGUGGAAAGAAGCGUUCGUGCGCGUUGUGUAAAUUUUUAGUUUUCGCUUGAUAGCCACGACAUACAGACUGAAAAGACUCUAACUCCAAGGAGUAAUUUCAUUAAGAACUGGAAACUGUGAAGAACGCAUGGGGAGAAGCAAAUUAUUCGAGCUGUUGGUGGUGGCGGCGGUGACAGCAGCGGCCGCAGCGACUGGUGCUGGUUCCGGCUCCGGCUCCGGGUCGGGGCUGUCGUGCUCGCUGGACCGGCAGUUCUGGGACGAGCGGCGCGGCCGCUGCCUGCCCUGCACGCAGUGCCCCGACGGGCAGGUAGUUCUGGCGCCCUGCGCCGUCAACCGCGACACCGACUGCGGACCCAUCUCCAAGCUCAUGAUCGACUGGUCGUGGCUGCCCAGGCGCUCCAAUAGGACCUCCGCGCCUCCCUCGCACCGCCACCAUCAUCACCACCACCAUCACCACCGCAAGAGCCACCGCCACGGUGACGGGUGGUCCUCCUCCUCCGAGAUCGACUCGUCGGCGUUCUCGUCGCACUCGGAAGAGCACUCGGAAGACACUCCGCGGCCGGCGCGCAGGCGGCAGGGCCACCACCACCACCACUCCCGCUGGUCCUCCUCCUCCUCGUCGUCGUCCUCUUCCUCGUCCUUCGCGGAGGAAUCGUCCUACAGCUCGUCUGCGGAGGACGGGUUCGCUACUUUCAACAGGACGUCGUCGCUGUCAUCGCAGCGGAGGAACAAGACGUCGCAGCACAGGAAGCACGGCGGCGGUGGGCGGAAGCACGGCCACCACAGCCACACCCACAGCCGGCACCGCGAGGAGCACCGCCAGCGCAACUUCACCGGCCACCAGAUGCCGGACGCGAGGAAGCCGAUGCUGCCCGAGUCGGCGGCGCAGCUCAAGGAGGACUCGGCGCCGCCGCCGGCCCAGACCACGGCCCGGCCGCACCACGCGCAGCCUCAAGCCCAGCAGCACCAGCACCAGCAGCCGUUCUCGACGGCCGAGACGCUGGUGUGGGACUGGCAGGUGGUGGUGCUCGCGCUCGCCGUCUGCGCCUGCUUGCUCUUUUUCCUCGUCACGGGCAUCUACUCCAUACACCACGCGCGCCAGUGGCGCAGGCUCAAGGACAACUUCGAGGCUGACAUGGAGGAGCUGUCGGCGCAGCUGAGCCUCAUGUCGCCCGCAGUGGCCGCCGCCGCUGCCGCCGCCGCCUCCGAGCCUGCGGGCGGCUCGGCCGCUCCGGAAUGCUCGUAUCUCGAGCAGCUGCUUGUUCAUAAACAGCAAAGUGAGCCUUUGGAUGUCCAUGGGAAUGUGUACAUUGAUGGCAACAGUCAUCGUGUGUGAUGGGUUCUCCUGCACUCUUCUGCCUGAAGAACGUUUCAUUGGAGAGGCUAAGCACUGCCUACACAAAGGAAACACUUAUCUGCUUGCUAAGAAGGCCUUAAAGAGCCUUUACCAGAUGGCACAGCAAACGGUGAUGUGGGUGACAGUAAAAUGUUUUGCUGUCAGAGUAGCUGAAACCAGAUUAUAUGGAGUUUAUGCUGCUCCAGAUGUAUUCAGUCUUGUUAUUUCAGUGCUGCCAUAUGUAACUCUAUUAAUGCAUAUUGGCUAACAAGUGACAUACAUAUUCUGUAGGUGAAGUCAUUAUUUAUAUGUACAUAGUAUACAGAGAUGUAUGUAUAAUUGAACAGGAACCUGUAAAAUAAUUGUACAAAGGAUGAGUACUUUACAUUUCAAACUAUGUGUCUAUUACAGUUAUGUUUAAAAUGUGUUCCUCAUCAAUUUUAUGAAAAUAAUUCUUACUGUUAAGGGUUCCCUGGAGUUAGUUUAUUAGUAAUGUAAGUGGAGUUUAGGGUUUCUGUAAAAGUGCAAAUACAGUAGUUUCAGUAAACUGUGACUGUUGUUACACCGAUUUCUGUUAAUAAUGUAGAGAGUUGUAUGGACUGUACUAGUGAAUGAAAGUUCUUGUUUGAAUACGGUAUGAUAAGUCCAAUAUAAACAGAGAAUAUGCAGUGUAGCACAAGUGUAAAUAAAUGAAAUGUGAUUUCCACACUGUUUAUUAUUGAUUUUUGUACUGUGAGUUACUUGCACAAAUACAAACGAAUUAAAGAUUUUUGUGAUAAACAUAUUGUUUCCAGUAGUUUUGUAACCAUGAAAUAAUUGAUUAAUGAAUAUCUUGUGUGUUAAGCUGCUUUUUGUAACAUGCAUCUGGGUAAAUUGUGUCUGAGCUCAGCCUACAAAAGUGUGAAUCACAGUCACUUUUAAAUAACUGUGAAAUAUGAUAAUAAUGUCAAUGAAAUUUGUCUAUCAUGAAAUAUUUCAUAAAACAGCCAGUUAGUUGUAGUUUUAACAAAAAUGCAGAUUAACUUUCACUGGACAGUGUCAAUAUAAUCACUUUUUGUAGAUCAAUCAUCCAAAUAAACAGUGUUAAUAUUAAGUGAAUUGCAAAUUAUUUCUUACAUACUGAAUGAGAACUGUCUACUCACUGAUUAUACAAAACAUUGUGGGCACUAUUAUGUUUCAUAGCCCGAAAUCACUUUGUGUAACCAUAAAUUAAAAUCCAUUCCUUAAUCUCACAAUCUAACUUUCUUGAGAGGUUAUUCCACUGGCAAUGUUUGUCUCCCAGUUUAAGUCAUGUACAAAAAUAAUCACUGUUAUUGUCUAGCAUUGCCCAGUGAAACAAACAUUUCUUUAAUAUGUGUCACAAUAAUUCAGCUCAACUCAUUAAUUGUUGUGAUCACUCAUCACAAUCAAAAUUAUGACAGAAAGCAUUUUGAUUGGUUGGUCUUUGUAACUCACUUAUACAAGCUUGAUUUUGAUUCACUAUUUGAUUCAAAACUGGGAUGCCUUCACCCUUCUAUUAGACUGGCAUUAACAUUUCACUGUUUACCAUCAUUCUUAUUUAGUCAUAAUGUUACACUUUAUGAAGAUAAAAUCAUAGCUUCAUAAUUAAUUACGUGUAUUUGUUGUAAAACAGUGGCACCCUAGUGAUCAAUGGACAGCUUUCUUGUAUAGCCUUUAUGUAGCUAGAUACAAUGCUUAGUAUCAAAUAUAUCUAACAAGAACCGAUAGAAAAUUAUUUAUAUUUCUGGAUAUUUGUCAUUUUAACACAAAUUUAGCAUUGUAGUAAGUGGAGACACAUUUUAAAUAAGACCAGUUAUAAAAUUUGAAAACUGGAUUACCUAAUUGUAGCCAGUUAUACAGGUACCAGUACAGAUUAUAUUGUAUAAAGUAGUAAAGAUGACAUAAGUGUUGAUCACUUCUAGUCAUUAUUAUCAGUAAUUUUUCUGUACUGCAAAACAGAUCAAGGUCAUAUUACGAGUAUCCUAUAAUAGUACAUUCUUGUAACACAAGUAAGUGGUGUUAUUCACAGUAAAUAGAUCUUAACAUUGCCAUAUAGGUAUAAUAUGUAAAGCAACAAUGAAUUUUUCUUACAAAAUUGUGUUGUAUAUUUUGUGUGGAGUAAUGUUUAUAUAUGACAGUUAACUUUAUUAUUUUUAUGAAUGUUAAUAUAUGAUUCAGCAAUAUCUUAAUGUGUUUUAUCAAUGAAGAAAAUGAUCAGUAUUGCAUUGGCUUAUCAACUCAUACAGUUAUGAUGAACAAUAUUACUUGUGAAUGUUGAUGUAAACAUACCUGAUACAGUAUAGUGAAUUAUGCUGUUUCAUUUACAUUUCACUGAUUUUUACAGAUGUAGGACGUUGUAAAUAAUUAUUUUUAUUUUGUAAUCACUUGUAAAUAUCAUGUCAUUGUAUAUCUGCAGCAUUUUUAACAUUAAAUCUAAUCAGUAAGCUGCAAGGACAUUACACCAAUAUGUUAAUUCUGUUCUUUUUUCUUUGUUGUGAAAAUAAUACUCAAUAUAUGAAGAUUCAUAUUGAUGCAAACAAAAAUUUGGUUUGUCUUCAGGUUCUUGUGCAAUGUGUUGUAGUGGGUCAGGGUCGUUAGCUGUUCAACUAGUAAUACUUGAACAUUGUUGUUCAUGAAUUAAAUAACUGAAUGUAUCUAGACAUUGGUUCCCAAUGUAAAAAUUUAUCAUUCUGAAGAGUUCAGAUGUGAUAAUAAACAAAAAUAGUAUAGUAGCGUGAUGUUAAUUAUAUAGUUUCAUUCUGUGGUUCACCUUGUCUCAUACCAAGUGAAAUGGUGAAGAAAUCCCUUUUUUACUUAAUCAGUUUAACAUUGUGUAGCCAGCUGCACAUCAGACUGGUCACUAAAAGCUCGCCAAACUGGUUAGGUAACUACUAUACUGAAAAUUAUUCUCACAAUUUAAUACAGAUUUUCACCUAUACACUAUCUCCUUAUAAUUAGCACAUGUUUGCACUUUACUUCAUCUACUGCACAGCAGCCAAUUUCACAAUGGAAACUACAAAUACCACCAAACAUUUUCAGAUGUAGCGUUAUUUUAGACAGGAAGCAUUUGUGAAGUUUUAUCUAAGUUACACUGUGCACAUACCCUUAAUCAACACCACAUACUGUAAGUUCGGAGUUUGAUUUAUGACUGAAUUAAUUAUGUCUCCUUCCCAGUGAUUUGUUUUUUGACCUUCUGCAUAGUAUAUUUACUGUUUUUACUCGAUAGACAUACUGAUAUGAUAUAAUAUAAGGAAAACCUAGAACCUCUGAAAUGUUUUUCCAAGUCUUCCAAUAGUUGUUUAAAUCAUACAUAAGUCCACUUUAAGGAAACAGAAAUGACAUUUCCAACAUCAGUUGGUGUUGAUAAAGAAUAAAUUUCGGAAUUCCUCUGGAACAAUAUAUUUGAUAUUAUUACUUUUUUGUAUCUUAAGUUGUAAUCCAUGUUAUUGUAGACUAACUUUAAAUCUCGUGGUCAGUAUUCACACUGAUACUUCACAUGACUGAAAAAUUGAUACAUAGUUUUUCAUGAUAUUAAAAAUAAGUCUUAGGUGUUACUCGCUUAUACGUAUGUGUAAUUGUGGUGUUGUCUGUCUUCUCAUAUGAUGAGCAGCUAAAUGUACCUAAGAAUUUUAGGGAACUCAGUUCAUUUCAACUUCUAGAUCAGGUACUUCUGUUAAUGCUAAUAGUGGCUAGUUGUUUAAAAAAAUUAGUAUGUUUCAGAUUUUCUUGUUGUUCCUCUGUGGACUGAAUAUCUGGAAAGAUGUGGUUAAACUAAAAAGGCAAAUAUUUAUAUUUUUAUAUUUAAUUGUUUAAUUACUCAUCCAGUACUGCUUUCCUCUGCUAUCUGCAUCACACCGCACAUGCUCCCACCCACCAGUCAUAAUUAAAAUUUCGUCAGCAUUGUAAUUAUGAAUUAUUUGACAUAACCAUUACAUAAAAUGUGAGAGUGAAACAUUUUGCCUAGAAAACAAAAUUGUGGUUACUUACAUAUAAAGAUACAACUGAAACUUUUUGAUUAGUCUGUAUCAUUUCCUCCCAGGUGUCAUUGCUCCUCAUUCUGUUUCCUUAUUCAAGAAUAAUGCAAUAUGUAUUGAUAUUUUGUCUGGUGAACAAAAUUAUGGUUAAAUAAUUCAAAUAGCUGUUAUAUAAAAGGGGUAAAUCUUUUUGUCUAGCUAGUCCUAUUUGUUCCUGACUGUCAUUGGUCCUUAUUCUGUCUCAUCAUGCAAGCAUCACCCUUAUUUUCUUUUGCUGAAUGUCCAUAUGUAUUUGUCACAUGGUGACAAAAAAUGGAGUUGACUUAUAUUUAACACCUGGCCUUAACAUAGUAACUGUUUACCCAAUAUAUUAAUAAUGAAAAGGAUGUACUAUUGCCACCUUCAUCAAAACUUAUAUGGAUACUCACACCCUUAUGUAUAGCUUUACUGGAGGUGAACAUAAUCACUACAUUUACAUGCAACACAUCUUCCGAAAGACGAAAACCAUAUUUCGGAAACUGUUAUCCACUGUUGUAUUUACAUGUUAAGGUGUGAAGCAGAUUUGCUAGCCCAGUUAAAUAUGGCCCCUAAAAACAGCUUCUGAUUUAGUCAGCACAGUCGCUAUUUCAGUUCAAUUAGAUGAGGUGUAAACAGCUUCAGUCUAAUAUUUCAACUUAUACUUCAUUGUAUAAAAAGCCACUCCAUCCAUAUUAGCCAAACAUUUUUAAAAACAAUACGAAACCUGACAGACAAACCAUGUUUCAAAACUGGUUGCGUUUACAUGGGAGUGAAAAUCGAUUGCAGAACUGGAAAACUGCCAACUAGGAGCGGAUUUCCAGAAAAGAUUUUGAAAUGUUUAUGUGAGCAUCCCAAGGUGGUAUUGGGAAAUUGAUUUAUGAAAUCCGGUUUUGGGAGCCACAUGCAAACGGCAUGAAUGUCAAAGACUUGGAAAAAGAUCCUGAAAUCAACUAGGUUUACACUUAUAGCUUUACUGAGAGUGAACAAGACUUGAAACAUCUUAAGAUCAACUGCAUUUGGACUUUCUCUUUUCUGUGAUAAAACUGACCUGAUGAACAAGGCCCUAACUUGUUGUAUGUAUAUGUAUGAGAGUCAUUCAGUAAUUAAUGAAAGUAAUUGGUCUGGAGAAAAAUGCGUUUAUUUUUACAAAACAUUACUUUUUCUACUUUUAAACAUAAUCCCCUUGAACAUUUACAUACUUGUUCAAAUGGGCUAAAAGCUAUUUAUCUUGAUGUUUGAACCAAUUUUCCACAAACUUUUUCACAUUCUCUUGCCUUGGAACAUCUUCCCAAGUAAUGUCUCUUUCAGUCCACCAAACAAAUGGAAAUCACUAGGUGCUAAAUCAGAACUGUAAGGGGGAUCACAGGUUACUUGAGCAAUAUGAGGACGUGUGUUAUUUUGCUGGAGAAUCACACCUCUCCACUGUUGCUGGCUGUUCAUUGUACGCUGCUCUUCGAGAUAAUCACAAAAAAACUGGAUCUUCAGCAUCCCAAAACAUCAUCAACAUGACUUUUCCUGCUGAUGCUUGGGUUUUGAAUUUCUUUAUUGACAGGUGAGUUGGUGUGCUUCCACUUCAUGCAUUGUCUUUUUGAUUCAGGCUCAUAAUAGUGAACCCAAGUUUCUUCACAGGCUAAAAUUUUGUUGAGGAAGUGCUCACCUUCUGUCCUAUAAUGUUCCUUUAGCUCUGUGCAAACUCUCAACUUCGUUUCCUUGUGUAGCUGAGUCAACUCCUUUGGGACCCAUCUUGCACGUGUUUUGUGGUACUUUAGCUUGUUACAGAUAAAGUUAUGAACAUCUGUACCAAUACUAACUUGAACCUUAUCAACUAUCAUUUCUACAGUCGCAUGGUGUUUGGCAUGAAUAAUGUCAUCAAUUCGACUUUCAAAUGAGGGAGUUGAAACUACAACUGGUCGGCGAGAACGGUAUUCAUCAGUAACUGAGUUGCGCCAUUUUUUAACUGCUCUACCCAUGUGUAAAAAUUUGCACGAUUUGUACAACCUUCACCAUAAACUUUAGACAUUCUACAGUAUAUAUUCACUGGUUUCGCGCCUUUAGCAAGUAAAAAACGAAUAACAACAUUGUUCAACUAAUGUGGAAAUGGCCUUGCUGUCUUGAAAUGUAUUUUUGAGAUUAUAAACAAAACAAUGUUGAUACAUCACCUGAUCAAGGGCUCAUCCCAGUGAUGCCAACGUAAAGCCAUAAAAAUACCAAACUUGCCCUACUAAAAGUUAUUUCUCCAGACCAAUUAGUCUCUUUAAUUAUUGAAUGACCCUCAUAAAGCUACAUGUAUAUAUCUGCGUGUGUGUGUGUGUGUGUGUGUGUGUGUGAUAUUUAAAGAUCACUAAUGCAACAGUAAUUUUAUUUCUUUGACGUUCAUCUCCAGUAAAGCUACACACAGUGAUGCAAGUAGCAUUAUAUAUUUUUGAUAAAUGUAAUCAAAACAUUAGCAAGUCUGGUAAAAGGCUACAAUGUCAAGAUCAAGUUCCAGUUUUAUGUCUGCUUAAUCUUUUUUGCCAGUGUAUGACAAACAACUAUUGAGGUGUAUUGUUCUGCAUGUCUUUUAAACAUACACUUAAACUUAAUGUUUAAUUUUCAGUUAUUUAUCUUUCUAUUGAAAGGAUACUGUUUCUGAAUGUAGGUCUGUCUGUCUGUUGACAGUGCACCUUGUCAGUUUUAAUAAUUCAAAAACAGUCUGACUGCGUAAGACAUUCUUAUCACAAUUUUUAGUGUACAUAUUAAGAGGAUAAUAAUCAGGACUACAUUAUGUGUAAAAAGUAAUUUGUACAUCUCAAAUAUUUACAAUUUUAAUGUAAGGAAUAAAUGAUAUUACAUAAUAAAAUACCUAAUCUUUAAUUUGGUGCUCAAUAUAGGCUCAGUAAUCAUUCUAAGCCUGCUUAACUGAAAUGAGUAAAAAAAUACAAAUUCCAAAAUUAAUUUAUGCCUGUUGUUACUGUAUAUGCAAAACCAUGCAUCCGUUUUUCCACUUAAUGUGUACAUGCAAAGAAUAUAAAUAUAUUGUUGAUGAGACUUA